AUGACGACACCGGCACUUUCGGUGGUUGAGAGGGUGCUGGCCGGUUUCAAUCCUGAAGAACAUGGGCUCUCGUCGGAUUUCGUGCUCACGAAACUCACCGCUAUGAAAGGAUGUGGAUGCAAAGUGCCGAGAGCGGCCCUUCUCGAGUUGCUGAAGACUUUUGGUGAAGAUGUGGUCAUUGACAGUGAUGCUGGAGUGGGCAUCGGAUUGGACAGUUGUGUGAUCCCGCUUCGCCAUAAAGGACUUAACCUUGUGCAGACGACGGAUUUCUUCUAUCCACUUGUCGAUGAUCCGUAUUUGAUGGGACGAAUCACCGCCGCCAACGUGCUUUCCGAUUUGUACGCGAUGGGCGUUUCCGAGUGCGACAACAUGUUGAUGUUGCUCGGGGUGGCUGUCGAUUUGGCUGAUAAAGAGCGAGACAUCAUCAUCGGGCAGUUCAUGCAGGGAUUCAAGGACAAUGCCGAUUUGGCUGGCACCAAAGUGCGCGGGGGACAAACGGUUCGGUGCCCGUGGCUUUUGCUCGGCGGCGUGGCGUCGAGUGUGGCCACCGAUGAGGAGAUUAUUCGCGUUGACAAGGCGAAACCGGGCGACGUUCUCCUCUUGACGAAACCGAUUGGCGGACAGGUUUCUGUGAACUCGUACGAGUGGUUGAAGAAGAAAAACGGUCGCGUUGAGGAGCUCGGAUUGGAUGGGGAGAGGAUUGUAAAAGCAUUUCAACAGGUGACCAUGCAAAUGUGUCGUUUGAAUCGAAACGCGGCUCGUCUCCUCCACAAACACCACGCUCACGCAUCCACCGAUGUCACCGGAUUUGGGCUACUUGGUCAUGCCGACAACUUGGCUCGAGCUCAGCAAGCACAGGUCCGUUUCGUGAUCGAUCAUCUGCCGAUUGUCGAGUACAUGGAUGAGAUCGCGUUAAAGAUGCCCAAUGGGAAUGGCUUCAAUUUGUUCUCGGGAACCUCAGCCGAAACCUCGGGCGGUCUUUUGAUUGCACUUUCUGAGGCUGAUGCGCUUGCCUACAAGAAGGAGAUCGAAACGCUGGACGGUUUCCCGGCGUGGAUCGUAGGUAAAGUUGAGGCGACGACUGGCGAAAGAGGAGCGAUUAUUGGGGAGAAUCGAACGAUUGAACGAAUUGCCUCAUCAAUUCACAAAACUCAC